UGUCAGAGGAAUUGGUGCGCAAUUAAUCGUCACUCACCAAUCAGUGCUGCCGCUCUCUACACACCGUUCGCGCGAUCGCAAAGUGAAAGUGAAAGCAAAAAAACAAGCACAAAUUCAAACACGAUUUCAAUAUGUCGUAUAUUGACAGAGGCUCAUCGAUGCCAAUGACAUAAUUACUCAGCUACAUUUGCGAAAGAAAAUCCAAAAGCAUUGACACAUAUUUUUCCUUCCUAUGAUAGCCCGACGGACAGGGCUGAGAUAGAUUUUGGUAGCCUGACUGGAAAAAUCGCUAGCCCCGGGACGUCGGGCUAGCGAUUUUGCGAGCCCUGAUACUCAAAGACCAUAACAUUCGAAAAUUGGACUUACCACAUGGAAUCCCUGGAACAGUGGAGGAACUUGAAUCUAUUGUGAAAGACACUUUUGAGGUUGAUGGAAAGUUUACUUUGCACUAUAAGGAUGCUGACUUUGGAGAAGAAUAUUUUUCUCUGACAUCAACAGGUGAUAUCAAGGACAAGGACACACUCAAGGUGGUUCAGAUUAUUGAACCCCCCACAGUUACUCUGACAUUUAGUGAAGUAGACAGUUCCUUUAUAUCUGCAUCAGAGACCUUGGUCAAUGCUUCAGCAAUGUCAGAAACUUCCAGUGUGUCCUGUGGCACCAGUUGCUCAUCUGGAUCUCAGGAUACAGUAAUUCCUUCCUCACCUGAACAUCUGAGUCAGCGUUAACAGCGCUGGCCUACCAGUUUUUCUGUUCCUCGCUUUGCUUAUGACACUGAGCUUUUACUUGCUUCAGGAAAUGAAGCUUUCAAAAAGGAUGGAACUAAACUCAACUUUAUUCCAGUUCUUCCAGAUAUCCUUGAGAAAUUGGCUGAAACGAUCUUUCAGUAUGUUGCCUACCCAACAUCUGCACAGUUAGCAGAUGUAGCUGAAGCACUUGUUCGACAGCAUCCAUGCCUUAAAGAACCAGGAUCCUAUAAUGGAUGCUAUGGAUGGCAACAAAGACUAAAAUAUAAAAUGGGCAAUUACAGAAGUAAACUCAGAGGGCUUGGGUGCCCUGAGCUGGAUGUGAACUCUCUCAAAAGAAAGCAAGCACAUGAGAAGACACCUUCAAAGAAUCUUAAAAAGCCAAGAAAGGCUGAGGUGAACUAUUUGCCACCUAACCCACAAGGAGAAACAGAGGAAAGUUUGGAAAAGGAAAGAUUGCAACUUCUUGAUGAAGUGAAGAAGAGGAACAACUAUCGGAUCAUCAGUGAAAAAAUGGCCAAAACAUUCUCGAGUCGCAGACAGGAAGUUGUUAAUCUGGCACCACCUGUCAGUGACUUCAAAAGUAGAUGGCCUGCACUUUUUGAUGCAACACAGAUAAAUGACGAGUUCCAAAGGAUCACCACUGUUAACUUGGAAACAACAUUCAUGGCAAAACUGGACCAGUAUUCCGCAAGAAUAAUGUCCCUGGUCUCUUCAAAAGCAGGUGCUGCAAAAAUUAAGAUCGAGCGCAUCAGGAACAUGCUGCAAGAGAGUUCGGUGGAAAUAAAGAGAGAGGUCGCAAUCCGUUGCCUGAUGGUGUAUCUGAAAGAGAAAGAAGAGGAUCUCUUCAGAGAACAGCUGGAUGGUGAAGAACAGUUCCCAGAAGAAGUGGUAAAGAUUGUAGUCACCAGACGUGCAGCAGUGUCUCUCCCAGCCAUCGCUAAAAUUGUGAUUGAAGGAACAGCAGUCCUGGAAGACCUUGAUGUGCCCAGAGCGUGUGCCUUAAUGAUGGGGCUUAUAUACGCUCUCAAUCUGAGCUACCCAAAACAAGUAAAGAACACUCUAGAGGUAUUCCAGAAGGUAUUUCUGGAACUUGAUGGGCUUAAAGCCAGUCCACGGGUAAUGUCUCUUAAGUGCAAACUUCUGUUGUGAAACGAAUGUGAAUUGGAGUGUAGCAUUCCGAUGUGCCUCUUACGUUUUUGUAUGCAGUCCUACAUGAAUGUAGUUCUGAGAGAAGUUCGCAUUACAUAUAACCUUAGCUUUGGAUUGUUCCGUUGUUGAACAUUAAAAUCUUUUUUCAUUUCCUUGAUUCUGCGACAAGUUGACUAAGUUGAUACCAAUUUAAGUUAAUGUUAAUGUACAUGAAGUACAUUUUUUUUGCUUAGUCAUUUAUAAUUAAAGGGCUGCGUAAUGUUUCAUUUAUGUUGUAUUGACACAGAAGUGUAUUACUUUGAAAAAGUUUUGUAAUAAAAUAAUAAAUUGGAAUAAGUGAAA